ACCUAGAUAGCGAUUCCCUCCGCCCGCCCCCUCCCCGCUGGCCCGGCCCGGCUCGGCCUCUGGUCCGGCAGAGCCCGCAAGGGUUAAAGGCGACCACAGGUGAGGUGGGCGGGGCCGCGAAUUCGGGAAAAAGGAGCGCAGGGCCGAGGAUGAAGGCAGAGAGAGCGGUGAGUCACGGGCGGAGCUGUCCUCGCUCGCUCGCUCGCUCGCCGGCUCCCGCCCGCCCUCCGCCCUCCCGCCGCCUCUCUCCGCCCCUCCUCCGCCGCCAGCCGCCGGGUCUUGUUGCGGCCCCCUCUCGCCCUCGGCUCCUGCCCCUCGCCGCUGGAGAGCCCGCCGGCGCGCGAGGCCCAGGAGCGCCCGUCGGGAGGGCGCCAGCCUGCCGUGCCAGGCGCCCGAGCGCAGCCUCGAGGUCCCACCUGAGGUGCCCUUGACCAUCCCUGUCCCCCACCCCACCCCGGAUCCCGGCAAUGCUAACCGCCGUCUGUGGCUCUCUGGGCAGCCAGCACUCGGACGCGCCUCCCGCCUCCCCGCCGCGCCUCGACCUGCAGCCUCUCCAAACAUACCAGGGCCACACGAGCCCGGAGGUCGGGGACUACCCCUCCCCGCUGCAGCCUGGAGAGCUGCAGAGCCUCCCGCUGGGCCCAGAGGUGGACUUCUCACAGGGCUAUGAGCUGCCGGGGGCCUCCUCUCGGGUAACCUGCGAGGACCUGGAAAGCGACAGUCCCUUGGCCCCGGGACCCUUUUCCAAGCUCCUGCAGCCGGACAUGUCACACCAUUAUGAAUCGUGGUUCCGGCCGACACACCCAGGCACCGAGGAUGGCUCGUGGUGGGACCUUCAUCCGGGUACCAGCUGGAUGGACCUCCCCCACACUCAGGGCGCGCUGACCUCACCUGGCCACCCCGGGGCGCUUCAGGCUGGCUUGGGGGGCUACGUCGGAGACCACCAGCUUUGUGCCCAGCCGCCCCACCCACACCCGCACCAUCUCCUCCCAGCCGCCGGAGGGCAGCACCUCCUCGGGCCUCCCGACGGGGCGAAGGCCUUGGAAGCAGCCGCCCCGGAAUCCCAGGGGCUGGAUACCAGUCUGGAUGGGACGGCCCGGCCCAAAGGCUCCCGGCGGUCAGUACCCCGCAGCUCAGGCCAGACCGUGUGCCGCUGCCCCAACUGCCUGGAGGCGGAGCGACUGGGGGCUCCGUGCGGGCCCGAUGGGGGCAAGAAGAAGCAUUUGCACAAUUGCCACAUCCCGGGCUGUGGGAAAGCCUACGCCAAGACAUCGCACCUGAAGGCACACCUGCGCUGGCACAGCGGCGACCGCCCCUUCGUGUGCAACUGGCUCUUCUGCGGCAAGCGCUUCACGCGCUCCGACGAGCUGCAGCGCCACCUCCAGACCCACACCGGCACCAAGAAGUUCCCCUGUGCAGUCUGCAGCCGAGUCUUCAUGCGCAGCGACCACCUGGCCAAACACAUGAAAACCCACGAGGGCGCCAAAGAGGAGGCUGCCGGGGCGGCGGCGGGAGAGGGCAAGGCCGGCGGAGCGGAGCCCCCAGGGGGCAAAGGCAAGCGCGAGGCCGAGGGCAGUGCGGCUCCCUCCAACUGAGCUCCUCGUCCCGCCUCCCCGUCCCGCCUCCCCGCUGGUCUCCCCUGGAGCCAUCAGAAGAGAGCCCUCUGGCCUGAUGCCCUUGUGGGGGUGGCUGGAGUAAGAGAAGGUGGUUAUUUAUUGAGAGGGAGGGAAAGUGGUGCGGGGGUCAGGGAGCCGGGUCGCUAGGGAUUUCAUAGUCUCUGGGGCUGGACAGGACGGACGCGUUUGACUGGGCAGGGAGGAGCUGCGCAUGCCCAUCAGUUCUCCCGUUCCUCGCUCUUUCACUCACGCCCCUGGCCUGGGGCGUUGGGGCGGACUACCCCUACGGUGGCUGGAGGGCCGAGGGGAUAGGUUGGAGGAUACGGCGCGUCCCCGGAGCAGAGAGGAGUGGGGCCGCCCCGGGCGCUCCGGGUAGCUGUCUGGACACGUCGUUAGCGCCUGGGAACCCGGACAUAAAAGGGCCUCUGGAGCCGCGCUGCAGCCCGGGUCCCUUUCAUCCCCCUUAGAGUGCUUUACCCCGGGGUUUCCGGAGGGAGAGCUGAGAUGGGGUAGCAGAGGCUGGGGGUCCCCCUAAGGGAGGAGUUUCUAUCUGGCUGGGAGGAUUGUCACCGCAGAAAUAAUGUCUCUGAUGUGCCUCCUUAUUAAGCCUUCCAGACCCGGUCUGAUGGAGCCACGAGGGAAGAAGGGAAGAGGGCCAGAAUGGGCGACAGCUUCCAGCCAGAAUGGUGGGGUGGAGGAGGGAGCUAGAUGUGGAGGUUGAGCAAGGAAGUCUCCUCUAAAAUGAGAGAAAGGGAUUUGGUCAGGGAGUGGAACUAAGCCCUUCCCUCUCUAACUCUGAUUCAGUCCUUAACUCUUGGUCUUUAUAAAAGUAAAGUUCAGUAGUCCACUCUCAUCUGUCACCCCAGGCAGGCCUUCAAGACAGCCAAGAGCCCUUGCUUCAGAAUUGACGUAGUUCCUCACCCUUGGUGCCUGGCAUUUGCCCUCCCCUUAGGGUUGGAAGGAAGAGGGUUACCUCGGUUGGGUGAGGGUAGGUGGGGGUGUCCCAGCAGAGGGACCUCCAGCGGUUCCUGCUCAGAGCGGAGGACUCUGUCCCUGCCUGGCCAUCUGCUUGCAGAGAAGCUAAGCCCCACUCUUUCUUUAGCUCGACGCUCCCCUUUCGUGCUGCCUAAAAGCCUUGCCCCUCCUGUAGAGUGUGUUAGGAGGCUCCUCCCCAUCUCAUCUCUUGUGGGGCUCCCGUUCCAUAGGAGGAAGUUGUCCUGUCACUGGAAGGGGGCUGCCUUCUGAGGUGAUGUCCAGGAAGCUGUCCCUGUUCCCUUCUUUAGAUGCUAGAAAUACAUCCUGUUGGUAAUCCUGGAGUGGGGAACGUGGGGAGGGGGGGAAGCCAGAAGAGGCUGAGCCAGGCUAAAGGAAAAAGGCUGAUGGGGGCAGGGACUGACAGGCCACAGGAGCCUGGAACUAGUGGGCUUUCCCAGGCUCCAAGUAGAGGCCUUAAGAUUCCCCCCGACCUCCCGUUUCCCUGCCUUGCUUUCUCCACCCAGAGCCCUGUGCAAGGAUUAGUUGUGUAUUGAUUUUUUAAGUUAUAAGCAAAGGGUAUUUUAUUUAAUAUUAGGACAUGUGUGUUCAUGUUUUGUGUACCUGUGUAUGUGUGUGUUUCUGUGUGUGUGUGUGUUUCUCUACUGAGCCUGGGGUCUCCAGCCAGGGAGACCCCAUCUUGUUCACCCCAGCCGAGGUCCUGGAGCCUAGGCCCACAGCAUCUCUUCCUUCCUUGGGGAUAUCAGUCCAAGGAUUGGGUGCUAUUGGGAAGUGGGGCUGGGAUCUGGGUGGGAAUAUGUUUGUGUAGAAGAGAGCCCUUCUUAAGAGGGAUGGGGUGACUCUCCCUGAAGGACGCAUGGGCCUGGGGUAGGUUAAGAAGUAAUGUCCUUUCUUGAUGCUCCCUCUUCCCCUACCUCCUGCUAAUCCGACCAGAGGUCCCUUUCCUUGCUGAGAGGGCUGGGGGCAGAAGAGAGUUGGCAGUGCCUGCAAGUUGCCUAGCCAGGUGGAUGAGGGGGAGAGAGGGAGGGCACUGUGGGUGUGAGAUGCCGUUUUCCUCCAGCUGAGGAACCAGCCACCUCUCCCUUUGCUACUAGGACAGCCUUUCCCAGUGACCAUCCUCAGGGGAACUCCCAAAUGUGCGUUGGGGAGAGGACAGCACGGAUAUUCCCCCCAUGGAGGCCCCGAGCUCUAAGGUGUGCUGGUGAGGGCUUUGGAUAGGUUUUCUUCUGCUCCCCUCUUUUAUAGAUCUAGGUUGCUUGGCUGUCUGCCCCCUUCUAGGCAGCCCCCUAGAGGAGAAAUGUAGGAUUUUUUUUUUCUUUAAGUGCUGUGAACCCAUUUUGGGGGGGGAGGAGGAGGAAGAAACAGCCUGUGUUUUUUAUGCCAUAAUAAAGUCAUCAAACACA